AAUAUUACUAUUAUAUCAUUUUGCCCGUGCAUUCUCGCACCUACAGGGCACUUUGUUCAAGUUUUCUAGCUCUAUCAGGAGUAAAUGUGCCUCGAAGUUGUCUGAAAACAAUCCUGGCGGUAAUGCAACAAUAUAUCAUAAAUUAUCGCAGGCAUUGAAUCCAGAUGUCGGCUCAGAAACUGGGUACCAGAGUUAUUUUUGGGCGUUUUAGAUUCUCCCUCGUACAAGCAAGUGAUACGCGACAAGAACUGGUGCGACAGCAUGUACGAGCAAUUAGUUCAUUUGUCUGAGUUCCCCCAGCCAUUAGGGGUGUUCAAGAUAUCUAGGGCUAUAUACACCUGGGAAGAGAAAUUCAAUGAUCAUCCCCUGUAUGCACAGGUGAUUGGAUUACUGUUUAAAAGGGGCAAUGAGCAAGAGUCCUGGUGCGAACCAAGAAAGACAGAGAAACUUAAGACAGCCACAGUCGGGGUGGAAUCGGCCUUCUCGAAAAUGCAACUAAACGAUACGGAUGCGCAGCAGGACACACUUGAUCAACUUACUAAAAACAACGAGUCUCAGUCACCGACAGGCCAAGGCCUAGACGGAAACGAUACCGGUAACAUCGAGGAGGGACAACAAGAAGAGGGAAUUGACUGGAACUAUCUGCAUGAAAGGAUUCAAUAUGCUGAGGAGCAGUGCCUGGUAUUACAGAACCUGGCUGGUUCCUCUCUUUCUAAUCUCAGUCGCUCACUGAGAAUUUGCCGUCUGGUAUUUUGGCUACAACAUCAGAUUCAACUCGUUAGAGCCGAUGAGUUCAAGGAGGAGAGUCUGGAGAAAAUGGUAGGGGAGGUGGAGGAUUUUAUCGAGGCGAGCGAUGACUUGAAGGCAUUGGUGGAAGAAUAAAUAUCUGUACACAAUCUUACUACGGACUAGCUGUCCAUUUUGGGGCGCACUUCGAUAUUAAACAUUUCAAAUCGAAUU